CAUGUGACUCAUACGUCAUCACGUGACUUGCGGGCGCAACCGAACUUGCUAGUGUUGCUCCUUCCGUGUGCGGAGGCACAACUGUGAUGUUGACACCAGGUGACAUGGACCUGUUUUUAUUAAUGUAAAGACUUCUUAAGUGCAAUCAUAUGUUCGGGUGCCACUCGGGUUAACAUGGCAUCGCCUCCUCAGACCGGCGCGUGAUUCCCGGGGCUCGACAUGGCCGGGGGCAGCCUGCUCGGCAAGGUGCGCUCCGCCUUCCGCAGGGAGCGCGGCGACGGGGAGCUCAGCGACUCGGCGCCCUUCGACUUCUCCGACGAGCUGGUGGAGGAUGAGACGCCCAAGUUCAACAAGCUGAAGGUCGUGGUCUCCGGGGAGAUGUCGGACUACUCCUCCAGAGCUCCGUCCAACGGGCUGAGCGCGGUGGCGGACGACGACGACUGCCUGCUGGACCCGUCCGGCCCGGGCAGCCCGGGGCUCCACGUGGACCCCUGCGACAGCUGCAGCCACAAGAGGGAGAGGCUGAAGAACAAGAGGGUGAUGAAGAGGCUCGUCCUGGCUGCGCUGCUCUAUUUCUCUUUCAUGACCGCUGAAAUAGUUGGUGGCUACCUGUCCAACAGCUUGGCCAUCAUGACGGACGCCGUGCACAUGCUGACGGACGUGGUGGGCAUCCUGUUCUCGCUGCUGGCGCUGUGGCUCUCCACCAAGCCGCCCACACGCCGCUUCACCUUCGGCCUGCACCGCCUCGAGGUGGUGUCGGCCGUCCUCAGCGUGGUGCUCAUCUACGUCCUGACGGCCGUGCUGCUGUACGAGGCGGUCCAGAGGACGCUGCACCAGGAGUUUGACAUCGAUGGAGACGUCAUGCUCAUCACUGCAGCCGUGGGGGUGGCGGUGAACCUCAUCAUGGGUUUCCUGUUGAACCAAAAUGGCCACCUCCACUCCCACGGAGGCCACGACCACUCCCACGGGCCUGCAGCCGGCUCGGGGCCACAGCACGGCAGCCUGGCCGUGAGGGCGGCCUUCAUCCACGCUUUGGGGGACCUGGUCCAGAGCGUCGGGGUCCUCAUCGCGGCCUACGUCGUCCGCUUCAAGCCCGAGUUUAAGUUGGCGGACCCCAUCUGCACAUACAUCUUCUCCAUUCUGGUGCUCUUCACCACAUUCCGCAUCAUACGGGACACAGCGGUCAUCGUGCUGGAGGGUGUUCCCAGACAUCUGGACACGCUAAGAAUCAAAGAGGACCUCCUGAAGCUGGAGGACGUCCAGUCAGUGGAGGAGCUGAACGUCUGGGCGCUGACGGCGGACAAGACUGCAGCAAUCGUGCAUCUGCAGCUCGAUCCCUCCGCCGCUGACAGCUGGCAGGACGUUCAGGCGUCGGCUCGCCACCUGCUGCUGCACACCUACGGCCUCAGCAGGUGCACCGUGCAGGUGCAGACGCAGCGGCUGCGGCCGGCGCUCAGCUGUGCUCAGUGCCGGCUGUCCGGGACCUGAGGGGCCUCCAGGGGCCAAACCCUCCAUCGCUGCCAGGGGAGCGUGUCAUGGUCCCUGGGGGCCUGGAGGGAAACCGAGCCUCUUCACCUCAACCUUGAGUAUUUUUAGCGUUUGAUACGUUUUUUUUUCGUGUAACAGUAACUCUAUGAGGACAUGUCCCUGAAGGUCUCUGAGGACCACAUGUCUCUGAAGGUCUCUGAGGAAAUUUCUCUGAGGACAUGUCUCUGAGGACAUGUCUCUGAGGGUCUCUUAGGACAUGUCCCUGGAGGUCUCUGAGGACAUGUCUCUGAAGGUAUCUGAGGACAUGUCUCUGAGGACAUGUCUCUGAAGUUAUCUGAGGACAUGUCUCUGAAGGUAUCUGAGGACCACAUGUCUCUGAAGGUCUCUGGGGACAUGUCUCUGAAGGUAUCUGAGGACCACAUGUCUCUGAAGGUCUCUGAGGACAUGUCUCUUGAGGUCUCUGAGGACAUGUCUCUGAGGACCACAUGUCUCUGAAGGUCCCUGAGGACAUGUCAAUGAGGACAUGUCCCUGGAGGUCUCUGAGGACAGAUCUCUGAGGACCACAUGUCUCUGAAGGUCCCUGUGGACAUGUCUCUGAAGGUCUCUGAGGACCACAUGUCUCUGAAGGUCCCUGAGGACAUGUCUCUGAGGACAUGUCUCUGAAGGUAUCUGAGGACCACAUGUCUCUGAAGGUCUCUGAGGACCACAUGUCCCUGGAGGUCUCUGAGGACCACAUGUCUCUGAAGGUCUCUGAGGACCACAUGUCCCUGGAGGUCUCUGAGGACCACAUGUCUCUGAAGGUCUCUGAGGACAUGUCUCUGAAGGUAUCUGAGGACAUGUCUCUGAAGGUCUCUUAGGACAUGUCCCUAGAGGUCUCUGAGGACAUGUCUCUGGAGGUCUCUUAGGACAUGUCCCUGGAGGUCUCUGAGGACAUGUCUCUGAGGACAUGUCUCUGAAGGUAUCUGAGGACAUGUCUCUGAAGGUCUCUUAGGACAUGUCCCUAGAGGUCUCUGAGGACAUGUCUCUGAAGGUAUCUGAGGACAUGUCUCUGAAGGUCUCUUAGGACAUGUCCCUGGAGGUCUCUGAGGACAUGUCUCUGAAGGUCUCUGAGGACAUGUCUCUGAAUGUAUCUGAGGACAUGUCUCUGAAGGUCUCUUAGGACAUGUCCCUGGAGGUCUCUGAGGACAUGUCUCUGAAUGUAUCUGAGGACAUGUCUCUGAGGACAUGUCUCUGAAGGUAUCUGAGGACAUGUCUCUGAGGACAUGUCCCUGGAGGUCUCUCGUCCUCGGGGAGCGUCAGGCUGCUCUACUUCAUGAAGUCUCUCCUCUCAGCUGACUCUUUCAGAGCUUUGGCUGAACUUCAGUAUUCAGAGUUCAAAGUGUUAAUAACUGAAGAACUGACGACUCUUCAGGAACUGAUCACUGUUUUAAUAAAGUACUUCCUCUUUU